UAUUUUUAGAAAAAAACUAAAUAAUUAAUUUUAUUUAAGUUUUUUUAUAAAAGAUAUAUUGUUAACUUAAUACAAUUAUGGCUAAUACUGACAAUAAUAACAAAAGUGAUAUUACAGUUGAGUUAAGAUCACAAUUGUCUGAAUUGUGUAAAACCUAUUUAAAGGACGGUUGGACUACAGUUAAUGAAAAUUCAUUAGUUAUUAAGCCAAUCACUGAUGGUUUCAUAAACAAACUAUACUUAUGCUGUUUGCCGGACACAUGUCGUGAGCCGGGAGUUCGUAAAGUUAUCGUACGUUUUGAAGAUUACGAAGAAUUCAAAGAUAUGGGUCGUUCACAGAUCAAUGCCAUUACUAUAAACAUAAUAUUAGCCGCAAAUAAUAUAUCGCCCAAAGUGUUGGGUGUAUUUCCCAGCGGUACUAUUAUUGAGUACAUUGAGAACCGUUAUCUAUCGCAAAGCGAUUAUACAAAUACCAAUAUUAUUGAACUGUUAGCCCAAAAGUUGGCUAAAAUACAUUCACUGAAUAUACCGAUAGCUAAAGACAGUAAAACAUUUACAAAUGUUUUUCGCAGUUUUUUAGACGCCGAUGAAAACAUGAAACAAUCGCUCAAAGAUGGAUACAUCAGACAAGUAAUAAAUGAUUUAAAACUCAAUGUAUUUCAAGAGAUGGACUUUACCGAUGAGUUUCAUUGGCUUCUGGAUGUUAUCGAUCAUCUCCAGAGUCCAGUUGUCUUCGCUCACAAUGACUUUAAUAGAAGAAAUACAUUGAUAUGCGAGUCAAAGGAUAAUAAUAACAAUGAUUUGAAUGUCUAUCUCAUUGACUUUGAUUGGAGCUCUUACGGCAAACGGGGUGUUGAUUUUGGUCAGUAUUUUAACUGUUGGGGACAGGAAGCCACCGAUUUCGGCACCGGACCGUUUCCCAGUGACCAACAAAUGCUGCCAUUUAUUGACGCAUAUAUCGUGGAAAUGUCGAAAUUGGUUGGCGAUGACUACCCGAAACUAACCGUCAAUUCACGGGAACGACUGCUAAAAGAGGCCAAAGUUUGUACAUUAAUGGCACAAAUAAAAGAUAUUUUAUACUGUAUUUGGGACUCUAAUCGCAAUAAGACAACUGAGUUAAUGGUAAAAGGCAACACUAAACUUGGAGAUUAUCUUAAAUUAAAGGCCAAAUUAUUAACAGAAUUUAGUAAUGAUUUAAAAUAG